GACAGCCACUCAUCAAACGGUCACCGCGUGAGGGAAAACGACGAACGAUCGGGAGUGAGAUGCCGGGUCAGCCGUGAAAAUGCUGAUCGACGAUCGCGGCAGCGGGAUGGGGUGGACCUCGGCCAGCGUCCGCGGUGGUUGGUCCACCCCAGGCGGAUGUAGAAACUCCGCGAUGAGCUUCGGGGGCAGCGUGCCUUCUUUGCACCCCACCGGCUCGAUAAGAUCGCUGCGAUCCCAGCAUUCUAUGCAGGGUAUGCCGGAUACGCCGCGAAGAUGCAUGCACUGCCACCCGGUACACGUGCCGAGCACACCGAACAAUUACAUUCACCAUCCUAUGCAGUACUACACGCCGAGCCACUGCCGCGAGCCACGGAGCAACGUCUACAUACCCCAUCGGGGGAGCUCUUAUCACGGCGAUCCCAGGGUACGUUACAUGGAGUCCGAAGGGAGCAUCCCCGACAACAAUAAUUGGAUGCUAGGGAAUUUGUGGACGUUUCCACGCUGCGUGCCGGCAUUCCCGCGUCCAGACAUAGACGAUGCCGGCAUGCGGACGCAUUUCUAUCCAGAUGGCGGCUGGGGGUGGUUGGUCUGUGCGGCCGGCUUCCUCGCCCUGUUGCUCACUACCGGAAUGCAGCUCGCUUUCGGGCUUCUUCAUGUACACGCCGCCCGACACUUUGGCGAGGAACACCUCAUGGAUCUGGCGUGGGCUGGAGCGCUGAGUGCUGCGGUCUCCCGUGGUUCGGCUCCGCUGGUCGUGUGCGCGUGUCGCCGCGGAAAUACAAGGCUUACGGCAGUGAUUGGCGGUCUUGUGCUGGCAUUGGCGUCCCUGGUCACCUCGUUCGCCGUUGAGUUACACCAGGUGCUACUCAGCUAUGGUCUGGUGUUGGGUACCGGCGCGGGCCUCGUCAGGGAAACCGCCGGCGUGGUGCUGGGCCAUUACUUCAGGAAACGACGAGAGUUCGUCGAGAUGGUCGUGCAGUCUGGCGCUGGCGUGGGAAUAGUGCUCUUCAGCGUCUUCUACAGGGAGGCUGUCGGAAAGCUGGGCUGGAAACGGGGGAUGCAGUCGGUAACUGGAGCUCUCUCGUUGGCUUUCUUCCUGGGCUUGAUUUACAAGAGUGCCUCCAUCUAUCACCCUCAACGGCGGGCAAUGCUGCACCUGAAGAAUCAGCGGGGCAAAGUGAAAGAGAAGAGAACCAAGGUGCCGCCUAAGCAGCCCUGGGUGGAUCUAAGCCCGCUGGGAAGUCGUCCCGUCAGGAUGUUGAUGCUGGCUGCGGGAGCCGCUGGUUUCGGCCUUUAUACUCCUGCUUUCUACAUCGCUGUACACGGGCACGAGGAUGGCUUGGAGGCCAGCGCUGUAGUGCUACUGCAGACUUGUCUCGGGUUGGCAGCGGCCCUCGGUUGCGCGGCUUGGGGCGUUGUUACUGCUCGGCCAUCUGCUCAGUGUCUGGUGUCCAGGCAGUAUCUCUGUCAAGCGGCGCUCUUAGGAGUCGCCGUCGCACAGGUAGCGUUGGGCAGUGUACAGGGUUACCACGGACUGGUCCUGGCGUCCGGUCUCUACGGCGCGUCCCUGGGCGGCGCCCUUUACUCUCUGAAAAUGCUGGCCCUCGAAAGACUACGGGCGAGACACUUCGCGCGGGCCUGGGCUCUCGUGCAGGCCGCGGAGGCUCUACCUAUCCUUCUCGGAGUUCCUCUAACUGGUUACAUGAACGCGUACAUCCCAAGAGUGGGUUACUACGCGUGCACGUUAAGUUCCUUGUGCGGCGCAGCGUUGCUCUUCCUGGUCGGAUCGGGUCAACAACCGUCGUCCCCGAUAUUGCCCGACUCGCAUCUCUCCACCACGGCGGUGCCGCCACCUAGGACCUAUCCGCCGCCGCCGAGGCCACGGCUGCCCAAGUCCCAAUCGCUCCACGUCCCGUUGGACAUCGACGAGAAUUUACGGGAGAGGGACAUGGAUAGGAUGCACACCGCCGAGAAUUAUUACCAGCCGCAAUUCUACGGGCCGCCUCUCAGACCCAGCAAAAGCGUACCCGAGGGGUUGAGCCACCAGAACUCGUACAGAAACCGACCGAGGCGUCAUCGGGACGUCACCGUGAUCGAGCAGAUCACCACCAGCGUCUAG